CAUCGCACUACUCAAGUCACCGACGCCCACACAACUAUCCAAGACCAAACAUGCGUUUCACCCACUUCCUGCUCUUCGCUACGACAACUCUUCUCUAUAGCUCUAAUGCUAGUGAGACCGUCUCAGGCGAAAGCCAGGCCAAGUUGACUACAGUGACUUCGACUGACGCUGCGGCUCCAGCCCGCGCUGUCGAUGGUAGGAACGCCAAGAGGUUGUUGCGAGUCGACCGCGAGGACGAUGAAAACGAAGAAGAUAAAGAAGAGAGAGUAAACCCGGCGCUGUUGGACGAGCAGGCGCUUGCCAGGUGGACUGCCAAGUGGGCUGCGAGGGCGGACGAUUGGUUCGAUCAAGGAUACACUCCGGGUCAGAUCAAGGAGAAAUUGACUGGUCUGCGCGAUGAAAUGAGCCGGAAGAACGGGAGGAAGUACUACUUGUUUUUGAAAAAGUGGAAUUCGGAGCAUCCUCGCGGACGUGACUAGCGUACACAGCUUCACUGGCGAUUAAGACCUGUGAAAUAAAACCACAGCUUCUUCCCUUUCGCACUAAUCAAUUAUACUUGUUAACCAC